AUGAUGAGUUGUUUAAGAAUAUCGCAAAAAUUAUGUUCCAAAGCCUGGUACUCCGGUAACGACAUAAUAACCGGAAAGUUGAUGCAGCUUGAAAGGAUAUUAAAGUGCAGUGGUAGGUCAGACAUUACAACUACCAAUAAAGACUUCAGUAUAACGAAUGAGCCAAAAUCUAAUGUAAGCAAUAUGAUUAUCAGAAAAGAACCUGAUGGAAGAGAUAUCAAGGAAAUUAAUCUGGUCACUCACCUAAGUAUUUUGUCCAGUCUAGUGAACCAAAAUGCGUUUAUGUUAGAUGACAGGGUGCAGAAAUCUCUUUGCACUAUAAAGGAAUGUUUCAAAAGCUCAUACCAUAACGUUUCAAGUGUAUUAGAAUUUGUCAAAGUGUUGCGUCUUAUAGGGGACGAAGAGGGACUAAUGGAUAUUUUACCAUAUUUUAUACACGACGUACCAUUCAUGUCUGGAAAUGUGCUUUCUAGACUCACCCGCAUAUAUUCUAUAAAUUUUAAGGGCUCUCCAAUACUAUCAAACUUUUACAGCAGCGUGGUUGAACGUAUGGGUUCACAAUCCGAACUUUUUAGCAUAGAUGAUAGACUCUCUUGCAUCCUCUCAUCUUUUGAGCACAUAAAUGAUUCCAAAGUGAUAUUUGAUGUCUUGACAUCCUAUGCAUCGGAGAUUAAUGAGGAUCUGGUGACAAAUAUCACCGCAAUGAGAAUUUAUCAUAAGGCCAUAAAGGAGCGAAAGUUCACGGAGAUACCAAAUUUCACAUGUAAUUUGAUGAAUGUUAUUCGGAAAUUUCUGCAAAGCCAGAAUCAUCCGGAAAAAAAAGGUUGCGGAAGCACAGAAACAAUUGUCAGAUACUGUCGUUUGUUAGCUCGUUUGUCUACCAUCGAGAAGGAUUGUGAUGGUCUAAAGGAAAUUUUAAAUGAUUCUUGGAGCUAUAUUUCAAAAAAUAGUCUGCAAAUGACUGUAAGAGAUGCAUUGUAUAUGCUGGAGAGCAUGUCUCCGGAUAUGCAGACCACUAUAUCUUCCAUAUUGCAGUAUAUUGUUCCUCAAAUGUCGGAAUUAUCACUAAAAGAAUCAAUGACUCUUUUGAAAUUUAUAAAUAGUACUGUUGAUUCCAAAAAUCUGAAACGAAUGGAAACAAUGUUAGAGUCACAAUUUGCCCUUUACUCGGAUAAUUUAAAUGAAGAUGAUAUUUGUAAAAUACUACACUUUUACGCUCGUUCAAAUAUAUUAGAACCAUCUGAAUUCCUUACAAACAGAAUUUGCGAGCGUAUAUUGACCAUAUACUAUGCAAGUUCGAUAAACUUUGCAAGCUGUAUCGUACAUUUGAAUUCACUUGGAAUAUGCAAACCGGAAAUUAUUAAUAGAUUUGUAAAGUAUGUGUACAAUCACGUAAUCUCAAUGGAUCCUAAGGAAAUAUCUGUAUCUCUGUACACUCUGAGAAAGUUGAGGUAUAAUCCUCCUCAAAAAUUGUUAGAUAAGGUAACCCCUGUAAUUAAGGGGGAAAUUCGGAAUUUUAAACCUAUUGAUUUAGUAUAUUGUAUUUAUUUUGUAGCCCCGUGUAGGGAAAUCCACAAAGGCUUAUUCCAAAUUCUUAUCGGUGCUAUACAGGACAAAUUGGAAUUGUUGACUCUAGACCAAUUAGUAAUGUUAUCAACGUCUUUGGUAAAGUACAAAAAACAACCCUUUGUAACACUAAUGUAUUCGCAAAUAUCUGCACAUGUACCCUCAAUGAACGCUAAUCAAAUUUGUUCUGUAUUUUCUAGUUUUGCUUCCACAGGACUCAAAAAUGAGGAUCUCACUCAAAGACUCAACCACUAUAUCCUCUCUAUGAUUGGGUCAGGUAUAAUAAUUGAUGACAGGGGUCUUGGAAAUCUACUAAAGGUAGUAAGGAGGGGAUAUGCUAAUCAGCGCUUAAUUGAUUGUAUAAAGACUCAUCAGAUUGACCAUGUUCAUGGGUUUGAAUUGUUUGACACUAUACCCAAUAUAGAUGACUUGUCAAGUUCUGAUGUAGUAUCUUGUGUGCUUAUAUUGGGAAAUAAAAGACAAAGUAGAGAAAAUAACCGCUUAGCAAGGGGACUGUUCACCAGGCUUUUUACCAUUGCACCUGUACUCUCAUUUGACCUUUUAAAUCAAAUAUCAGCCUCGAUUUCAAGUUACGGAUACUCAAAGCCAAAAAUCAAUCGUAUACUCGCAAAUUUAAUGGCUAAAAAAGCACCAAAAGUCCAAACAAAAAUAGACGAAAAUAAACAUUUGUUUUUCAGACCCAUUAACAGGGGUCCACCUCACCUAAAACAAUAA